AUGAAGAGUGACUUUGUAUUAAUGGUCAAUUCGUAUCUGGAAAAAGGCGAGCUACCCCUCUCGCUUCGUCGUGCGGUUGUCAGUUUGUUAUUCAAGAGAGAAGAUCCCGAAAAUCUUAAGAAUUUGAGGCCGAUUUCGUUGUUAAAAGCUGAUUACAAGCUAAUUGCAAAGAUGGUUUCUCAGCGUCUUCGUUUAAUAAUGCUGUCUCCAAUUCACCCAGAACAAUCUUGUGCUGUGCCUGGCAGGUCAUCGGAAGAUAACGCGACUCUGCUUAGAGACAUUUCAGACUAUGCGCAAUCAAACAAUCUUAAAUGUGCUUUCAUUGUUAUCGAUCAAGAAAAAGCCUUUGAUUAUGUCGACUGGGGUUUUAUGCACAAGGUAUUAGCUCGCAUGAACUUUGGUCUAAAAAUUCGUGGAAUCAUUAAAUGUCUGUAUACGCGUGUCCAAAUUAAAGUGCUAUUCUCAGCAAUGGAACUUUGUCUGAAUUCUUUGACGUUAAUAGAGGAGGGCGCCAGGGGUGUUCGUAAUACCCCUUGCUGUUCGUGCUUGUUUCGGAUGCUUUGA